GGGGCCUUAGAUCAAGAUAUUAACUGCCCGAGUGGAAGAUUCAGUCGUCUGAGGUGCCUCAAGUGCAUCUUUGAUUUUAAAAGACGGAAACGUGGUGAACCCAGAAAUAUUUAAUUGCCGGGUUUACUUUUGCUCCUAGGUCCUGUGGCCCCAGUUUUCCCGUUCCCCACCCAGUCUGGACUACCCGGCAGCUACCUUUUGCAUGACAAUGGCCUUGGUGAGACUGGCAGACAGGAUUAACUGAGAAUUCGCGAGGGUGUGUGUGGGCGUGGGGCUGCCGGGAGGGGCGGGUCUAAGGAUGGGCGAGCUUUCCUUAUAAAUCUAGAGCCUCCAGAAUCUUCACCUUUUGCUAAAUUGGGUUGGUUGGCGCUUGGCCCUUUCGGUGGUGACGCCACUGCAUCCUGUCUUUCUGAUACUCUUACAUCUGGAGAUCUUCAGAUUUCUCUUUUAAGUUCUUCCACCUAGACACGUAAGCCUGCAUCUCCCUCUUUUUUUUCUCUCUUCCCUCAACUCAGCAACAUGAAUACGGAUCCAGCUCAGCCCCAAUGCCCGCCUUGCCCCGAAGCGCCCGAUUCUAGGGACUCUUCUCCAGUGCCUGAGAUUGAUGGGCCUGAAGAAAAUUAUGCACCCUUGCAAAUGUCAUCUGCUGAGACCCCCCACACGGAGACCGUCUCUCCUCUUCCUUCCUGCAUGGAUCUACUUGUUCAGGACAGCCCCGAUUCUUCCACCAGCCCCAGAGUAAAAGUGCUGCCCACUUCUGCAGAGGAGAUCACCGCGAAGAAGGACGAUCCAGCUCAGGGCAAGAAACAGAAGAUCAGAACCGUCUUCUCUCAGACCCAGCUAUAUGUACUCAAUGAUAGAUUUCAGAGACAGAAAUACCUCAGUCUCCAGCAGAUGCAAGAACUUUCCAACAUUCUGAACCUUAGCUAUAAGCAGGUUAAGACCUGGUUCCAGAACCAGAGAAUGAAAUGUAAGAGGUGGCAAAAAAACAACUGGCCAAAGAAUAACAACACUGUGACUCAGAACAGCUCUGCAAAUCCAGAAUACCCAGGCUUCUAUUCCUAUCACCAGGGAUACCUGAUGAACACUUCCGGAAACCUUCCAAUAUGGGGCAACCAGACCUGGAACAGCCAGUCGUGGAGCAACCAGACCUGGAACAGUCAGUCGUGGAGCAACCAGACCUGGAACAGUCAGACCUGGUGCCCCCAAGCCUGGAAUGGCCAGGCCUGGAACAGUCAGCUGCACGACUGUGGAGAGGAAUCCCUGCAGCCCCAGAUACAGUUACAGCAAAAUUCCGUCAGCGAUUUGCAGUCCAUCUUAGAAACGACUGGGGAAAGCCACAGUGUAAUACAGCAAACGGCUAAGUAUUUUAGUGCCCAGCAAAUAAUGGAUUUAUUCCCAAACUACCCUGAACAUACAGCCUGA